AUGGUGCAGGGUGCUUCAGUUAAUCUAACAUCUAGUCCUUGUCCUGUUUGGCCCCCUUCAGAUGUUGCUGUGCCAAAAAGGAAACAGCUUGGGGCCAACCAGGUGCCUCCAUCUGGUGAGCAGCGUCCACCCUCUCCUCCCGGGCCGCCUCCAUCAGCUCUCGGAGACGCCCAGCAGGCUGGGUCAGAAGUCCAACCCAGCCAGGACAUCAGCCCUGCCGUGGCAGCCGCUUUGCUCCAGCUCAUCUCUCAGCAAGACUCUGAACCUGGGGCCUCUCAGCGCAGCAAAAACCCCUCUCCGUCUGUGGACACUCCAGCCCGGGGACAGCCCCCUCCACCCUGGGUUGCAGACUCUCCGCCUAAGUCUUCAGCUGCAGCUGAGGCUCCAGCAGGACUGGUGACUGCUGCUCCUGCCUCCGCAGUACAGUUCCCCAAGGACCAAGACCUACGCUUUUCCCACGGAGCUGCCCGCUGAACCCCUCGAUCCCCUGGUGAGACAGACCCGGGUAUCGUAGGACAGCUCCAGCAAUCCUCGCCUGAAGGGAAAAGGCAGACGGAGAAUGCAGAGGCACUUCCACAGAUUAUGACUAACUGGACCAUAAGCAGGUAGUGAAAGUUGAAUCAAAGAUUUUGAAAAUGAAUGUCACUUUGUGAUGGACUGAAAAGAAAGAGAUUAAGGGCUUUUUCAGGUAUGGUCAUGAACAUCACUACUCUCAACAAGCCGUAACGUGUUGCUUUGGUGGCAGUGUUAAGACUCUGGUCGGUCUGACCUUAAACAAGACAGUCAACACCUGCAUUCCCUUACUCUUUCCUGUCCUCCGAAGGCCCUUGACUUGAAUGAAGGUUGGCUUCCAAAUUGAGCACCAUGCAACUGGCACUCAACUUUGAAAGCAGCUGUGAUUUGUCUUCUUUUUUUUUUCCCUCCCCAAAACAAAUGAUUGUCAUGUCCACUGCAGUGCCCACUUCUAACAAGGUUAUCAGUGUUUUGGAAAAUCAAAUCCUCCACUCUGUGAUGAAAAGCCCUGGAAGAUAUGGCGAAGCUAAGGUAGAUAGAUUUGAGGCACUGAUAAGAACACUGUUGAACUGUAAGUUUCCUGAUGAACUUUAAACGCUGGUUAACUCCCCUGUUUUCAGCCUUAUGCCUCCUUGUGACCCCAGCGACCCCUGAAUGAUCUCUUAAGUGGGGGAAGUGUAGGUAAAGUUUCUGCUUUGGAUGGCAGGGUUGUUUUUCUUUGUUUUCUUUUUAAUUUUACACAAAGGAGGUUCCAUAUUAUAUUAUCAGUCAACAAUCCACCUGAACUGCGAUGUGUUCUCUGCCCACUUGAAGAUUUUACUUCCUUUACAUACAGUACAGUAAUCCUCUGUGUAGUAUCAAGCCUAAGCCUGUAGUGCUCAUGUUCCUGUCUCUCAAAUAUGGAUUAAACCACCACAUAAUGACCCAACUGCUCCAUAAUACACGCUACUCUGCUAGUUGAAGUAUACAUACACACAUAUACACACACAUACACAAAGAAACAAGACUUUUCCGGCUAUUCCUGGUGGGCUAUGAAAGCCUCAUCUAACAUGUCUACCCCCCCACCCCUCCGCCUUCCUGCCGACUUGUGCAACAAAAGCUUUUUUUCUUUUUUUGGUGCAGUUAUUUUCUACAUAAAGAAAAUGAUACACGCUUAAAAAAAAAAAAAUUGAUGGUCCAUGAUUCUGUUUCCAUUCUUUUUUUUUCUUUGGAAAAGAAAAGGGAGGAGAAAAUAGUUUCACGUGUCUGUAAAAAGAAAAGAAUAUUUUGUAAUAUGUGUUUUCUCGGUUCAGUUUAUUAAAGGAAGUUAUGC